CUGCACGGUAAUGGCGGCAGCAGCGGCGGUGCGGGGGGAGGGGGCGUUGGGCGAGUGCGCAUGUGCAAAUCUCCAUGGAGAGAAAAGGGGGUGAGAGCGCAAGAGGGAUAAAGGGAAAAAACAGGGUUUGGAAAACAAGGCUGUGAAGUGAGAGGCACAGGGAGACUCUGAGACCUGCCCUUCUGAUGCAUAACAGAGCAAAGAGAUGAAGGGACAGCAGAAAGCGGCUGAGACUGAAGAGGGCACUGUGCAGAUCCAGGAAGGUGCAGUGGCGACAGGCGAAGAUCCCACCAGCGUUGCCAUUGCCAGCAUCCAGUCGGCGGCCACUUUCUCCGACCCCAACAUCAAGUAUGUCUUUCGCACAGAGAAUGGCGGGACUCAGGUGAUGUAUAGGGUGAUACAGGUGGCGGAGGGGCAGCUGGAUGGGCAGACAGAGGGCACCGGCGCCAUCAGCGGCUAUCCUGCAGCACAGUCCAUGACCCAGGCUGUUAUCCAGGGUGCAUUUACCAGCGAAGAUGCUGUUGAAACAGAAGCCACAGCCACGGAGACCCACUACACGUACUUCCCCACAACAGCCGUGGCAGACACCAGCACCUCCGCCGGUGCGGGGACCACGGCCACCGCGGUGGUGACCACCCAGAACUCAGAGGCCCUCCUGGGGCAGGCCACACCCACUGGUACAGGGCAGUUCUUUGUGAUGAUGUCACCCCAGGAAGUUCUGCAGGGCGGAGCUCAGAGAUCUAUCGCGCCCAGGAAUCACCCCUACUCUCCGAAGUCCGAAGCUCCUCGGACGACCCGGGAUGAGAAACGCCGAGCACAACACAAUGAAGUGGAGCGCCGCCGCAGGGACAAGAUCAACAACUGGAUUGUGCAGCUCUCCAAGAUCAUCCCAGACUGCUCCAUGGAGAACACCAAGUCAGGGCAGAGUAAGGGAGGGAUCCUCUCCAAAGCCUGUGACUACAUCCAGGAGCUGCGGCAGAGCAACCACCGCCUUUCCGAGGAGCUGCAGGGCCUCGACCAGCUGCAGAUGGACAAUGACGUCUUGCGGCAGCAGGUGGAAGAUCUCAAGAACAAGAACCUGAUUCUGCGGGCGCAGCUGCGUCAGCACGGGGUGGAGAUCAUCAUCAAGAACGACACCCACUGACUGGCGAGGGGUGUGGGGGGAGCGGCUGAACCCCCGGCCUCGGGGUCUGCCAAGGCACAAGGCGAGGAGGGACCCCCCCAGUCACGACUGCCCGCAGGAGACCGUUCUCGCCUGCCGAUGUUCCUGAACUGCAGCGCCUCGCUCUUGCUGUACAGACCCGAAAGCAGCAGCGUCGGCGUCCUGGGGCUGAACCCAGCGCUCGGGCCUCCCCUCAGAGCUCCCCCGAGCCUGACCCAGAGCCUCCGCCUGCCCUGCCUCCCCCUAGAGCUCCCACCCAGCCUGGGCCAGAGACUCGGCCUGCUGCCCCCCUCCCCGGCGGAGCUGGUUUGAAUAAAGAAGCUGACGCUGUCUCUUUAAAAAGUAUUUUUCUUGCUGUGGUGGAACGAACUGGUGUUCUGCUCCCGGCAUGGCCCCCGCUUGUGGGCAGCCAGGCAGGGCGCGCGCGUGGGCCUCUGUGCCCAGUCACGAUGCCACGCAUGCUUGUGUUCGCCCACAGCUACGUCUCCCCUUGGUAGCUCUCCCGCGCAUGUGCACACAAUCUCAGGCCUGCCCAGUAGCACGUCCACCCAUCAGCCCCACGCACCCGCCCACGCGUAUCCUCUCUCCCGCGUGCUGUCACGUCCUCGUCACCGCCGGCUGAGCAGACACACACACUCUGUCCCGUUUCACCCCUUGCCUUGACACUUUCCUCUCCCCAGCCCGGCUCAUCUCCCCCCCUGCUCCUACAGGGAGCCGGUCACUUCUCCCGGAGCCGGCUCCGGCACCCGCCCCCACCCAUGUGCUGCCUUGAGCCGUUCCUCCCUGGUGCCCUCACCACCCCCAGCCUGGGCUGUUCGAGCAUGUGCCAGGGAGGGCAGCUACCAGCAUUGGGGAAACACUGCUGUUCCCCGGCUGUGCCUGGAGUGCGUUAGCCUGUCUCCGGCUGGCCUUCCCUGCAGGUGCUGUCAGCUGAGCCACUGAUCCUUUCGCUGUGGGGGAGGCGGAUGACGUUGUACCGGGGGCAGCCCCUGCCCCCCCCCAUCCCCUCCCAUGGCUGGCACUGCCUGGUUCUGCUGGUCUCUGACUUUUUUUAAUUCUCUGAAUUUAAAAAGCAGAAUAAAUAAAAAUAGUGAUUUGUUUUUC